GAAAUUCGUUUGUUGCAUCACACCAACGGCGACGCUGCGGCAGCGUCCUUAUGGUCCAUUUUUACUCAUUCUAAUUUCUUUUUAUUAGUUUUAAAGGGGUUGUGAUGUCGGCCCCAAAAAUCAUCAUACAAAUUCUCGUCACAGGUGCACAAAUUUUUGGGAAGGCACUAUUUGAAGCAGGAAAGCAGGCGGCCAAAAAUGCAAAGCACACCCCGGAAGGCGCAAUAGGAUCAGAUGUUGCGGGUGUUCGGAAUGCCACCUCUGGCUCUUUGACAGAUAAACUCACCCGAGAACACCGCAUGACACUAGACGAGGCCCAUCUCAUUCUGAAUCUAAAGCAAGGAGAAACCCUUGAGAAAGUGUUGAAGAAUUAUGAACAUUUAUUCAAAGUAAAUGGUCCCCGGCCAGCCCCAGACCCACCGGCAACUGGCGCAAGAGCGGGCAAACAACCUGCUCCGCCUACACACUCGCAUUACCUCCAGUCAAAAGUUGUGCGCGCCCGUGAACGUAUCGAGGCAGAGAUGCAUGUUGUGACGGAAGCAGAUUCAACGCCUCCGCCUCCUGGAGCUGCUCCUCCUUCGGGUUCAGCACAGGGGAAUGCAGGAGGCUCGAGUUGACCACUUGUGAUUACUUAUAUCCGCUUUCGAUACGUUUCGCUGAUUUUAGACAAACUCAGAGCACAUCCCCAUUCACUCAGCAUACAUAGUAUACACACAAUAUUACUACUAGAUAUCUCAUGUCGUUGGAGCGCGAUUUAAAGACCUUGGACCGGCUCAUGAGGCAAUGAGCAUUACCCACACCUGUUCUUCAGAAUGCAGAUCGGCGAGUCGUUCUAAAUUCUAGAACUGACUUCAAC